AUGGCGCAGAUAAAGAAAGCGGACAAGCGUGCGCUGUAUGUAGGCGGCUUAGACAAACAGGUGACAGAGCAGGCACUGUACACAGCAUUCAUUUCUUUUGGGCCGAUCAAAUCUGUGCAGAUACCCACCGACUACUCUACGCAGAGAGGCAAAGGCUUUGGCUUUGUAGAGUUUGUGGACGAAACCGAUGCCAAAGCUGCUAUUGACAAUAUGGAUGAGUCGGAGCUAUUUGGAAAAACAUUACGGGUCUCUAUUGCCAAGCCUGAUCGACCGAAACUUGGCUCUAAUAAACCAGUGUGGGCGGAAGCUGAUGAAACGAUGGAUGCUACAGAAGAGACAACAUAG